AUGCUGAAGAUACGAUAUCACGGCCACGUGAUUCGUCAAGAAUGUGAGGACAAAUUUUUUGUUUACUCUUCGUUUAUUUCAUUUUCUUUCAUUCCACACUUUUUUCUCCUCGUUUGCGAAGUCUACUCCGACGCCUUAUCAGGUUUCGCCGUCGGUAUCGGCAGCCUCGGAGAGAUCGUGAAGCACAAGCGACUCGUCGACGAUCGCUUCUUCAUAAUCUGUAAAGGCCAGGAGCAAUUCUGCAUCACGGAUCUCGUCCGUACGAAGCCCUACCUCGUCGCGAAGGUGACGUGGCUGGAGGAUCGACCGUCCGGUGAGGAGAAUCUGGACGAAUUGGCCAACGAGAUUGAGGUUCUGAUGAAGGAAGUGAUCCGAUUGUCGAACAGAUUGAAUGGGAAACUAGAGAAAGAGGCGCAGGAUCUGAGGAAGAAUCAGUUUCCGACUCCGUUCUCGUUCUUCGUCGGAAGCACGUUGGAAGGAGCUCCAAUGGAGCAGCAAGCGCUGAUGGAGCUUGAGGACACGGAGGCUAGGUUAAAGAGAGAGAGGGAGACGCUGAGGAAUACACUCAAUUACUUGACCGCAGCUUCUGCAGUGAAAGAUGUCUUCCCAUCUCCGUAGUAAUAUUGGAACUUAUUGUCAUUGAUGAUCUCUUAUCUGCUUUGGUUGGAGUUGAAGGGAGGUAUAUAUCAAUUAAAAGAUUCCAUGGGAAGGAGGAGAGUUCCAAGUUGAUCCAUCAAUGGAUUAUAUGUGUUUGUAGAACUUGAUGCUGCUUUAUUUGAAAGUAAAUUGGAUUGUAGGAACAUAUUUUCUGAUGAUGGAAUAACAACACUUGAUGAAACGGAUUUAAAAAAGGAAAUGGCCAGGUAUGUCCGGGGAGAAGUUGGUUCUCUUUCUUUAACAGAUAAAAAGUCCAUAUUCUCUGGAAAUUUCUCCUUCAUUCCAUUGGAGAACAAAGCCCUUGUGACUUGAGUGAAAUGGAGGAAGCUGUGGCGCUUUGCGAAUCAAUCUUUCAUUUGUUUCUUUCUUUGUUUCAGUUUUCUAAUAUCUACACAAGGGAAUAUGCUAGUUGUUAGCAUAUAGAUGAUCACGAACACAUGGUGAAAGUUAAUAAGAUACUGAAGUUAGAUUAUUUGCUGUGAUUGGUACAUUAAUUU